AUGUUCAUGAACAAGCCCUUUGGCAGCAAGCGCUGCGAACCCUUCCACGAGUCGGAGCACCUUUGUGAGGCGUUUGCCAUCACUGAAGCAAUCCUCGCUCGCUAUCAGCGUGGGAAACGCAGCUUUACGUCCUCCGAAAAAAGUGGACUGGCAGCCCUUAUCAAACGUAUUCCUUAUGAUAUCCUUGUUGAGGUUCUCGAUCAAAGCGGAUUUACUCCAACAAGCAAUGCAACACCCCCCGUUGAUUAUUUAGCUAUGAUGGAGCACACAAUGACGCACGGUGCGUCUAUUACACACGCCCUGCAGUACCUUAACGAUUUGAUGACUAAGUGUACCGGGUGCCCGGGGAUUCGUACAUAUUACCAUAACCCCAAUGAUGACGUUCUGGCCGACCCCGUUCACGACACGGCAGCAUUGAUUGAUGAAACAACAGCCGUGGGAAAGUCGGUUGUAACUAAACAGUACCUUAAUAUAGCUGGGGCUCACUACAUACCCUUGAUCCACGGAGAUAUUGUGGUUGGUUGUGUUGAGGUACCCCGCUUUUCGGGAAAUCUUGAGGAGUUGCCAUCAUUCCCAUCUCUCAUAAGAGCUGUGACAUGCACCGCACACAAAUUCAUUGAGGAAGCGAGAAUCAACUGGAACAGGGAGAAGGCGGAAGCUAUGUUGCAAAUGGCGACCAGGUUGGCCCGUGACAAUCUUGAUGAAACAGUACUUGCAUCUUCUAUCAUGAACACUGUCAAGAGUCUCACGGAAAGUGCACGUUGCAGUCUCUUCCUUGUGAAAGACGACAAGCUUGAAGCGCAUUUUGAGGAUGGUAACGUCGUUUCCAUACCCAAGGGAACAGGCAUUGUAGGGUAUGUGGCGCAAACUGGUGAGACUGUUAAUAUUGUUGAUGCCUACGCCGAUGACCGCUUUAACCGUGAGGUUGACAAGGCUACUGGGUACCGUACAAAGACGAUACUCUGCAUGCCUGUGAUGUACGAAGGAACGAUUGUGGCUGUAACCCAGCUGAUUAAUAAAUUGGAUCUGACAACUGAGAGUGGAUUGCGCCUACCUCGUGUGUUCGGAAAACGUGACGAGGAGCUGUUCCAAACCUUCUCUAUGUUUGCUGGCGCCUCACUACGUAACUGUCGUAUCAAUGACCGACUCUUAAAGGAGAAGAAAAAGAGUGACGUGAUUCUCGAUGUUGUUACUGUUCUCUCGAACACGGAUAUCCGCGAUGUGGAUGGUAUUGUUCGCCACGCACUGCACGGAGCAAAGAAACUACUGAACGCGGAUCGCUCUACUUUGUUUUUGGUGGACAAGGAACGGAACGAACUUUGCAGUCGUAUGGCAGAUAGCGUUGCUGGUAAGGAGAUUCGUUUUCCGUGUGGCCAAGGUAUUGCGGGCACUGUGGCGGCAUCUGGAGUUGGUGAGAAUAUUCAGGACGCGUACCAGGAUCCGCGUUUCAACCGUGAGGUUGACAAACAACUUGGAUACCGCACGCAGACCAUAUUGUGCGAGCCCAUCAUACUAAAUGGUGAGAUCCUUGCUGUCGUGCAGCUCGUGAACAAGCUUGAUACGUCUGGAGAAGUGACUGUGUUUACCGAGGAUGAUCGUGAGACCUUCCGUGUGUUUUCCUUAUUUGCAGGUAUAUCCAUCAACAACUCUCACCUGCUUGAGUUCGCUGUGAAAGCGGGUCGUGAGGUGAUGGAAUUAAAUGAACACCGAGCAACAUUGUUUAAUAAGAACGUUCCCUCACGUGCGGUUAAACGAGUCACUGCCAUUACGAAGGUUGAAAGGGAAGCGGUCUUGGUCUGUGAACUUCCAUCGUUUGACGUUACGGAUGUUGAGUUCGACUUGUUCCGAGCGCGUGAUACUACGGAUAAACCGUUGGAUGUUGCUGCUGCUAUUGCAUACAGACUACUGCUUGGAAGCGGCCUUCCACAAAAGUUUGGUUGCUCUGACGAGGUGCUUCUUAACUUCAUUCUGCAAUGCCGUAAGAAAUACCGUAAUGUCCCUUAUCACAACUUUUACCAUGUUGUGGAUGUAUGCCAAACCAUUCACACAUUCUUGUACAGGGGAAAUGUGUAUGAGAAGUUAACCGAGCUUGAGUGCUUUGUGCUGCUUAUCACCGCACUGGUGCAUGAUCUUGAUCAUAUGGGGCUGAACAACAGUUUCUACCUGAAAACAGAAUCUCCACUUGGUAUUCUUUCCAGCGCAAGUGGUAACACCUCUGUUCUUGAGGUGCAUCACUGCAACCUUGCUGUUGAGAUCCUCUCUGAUCCGGAAUCUGAUGUGUUUGGUGGUCUGGAGGGUGCAGAGCGUACUCUUGCGUUCCGAUCGAUGAUUGAUUGUGUACUUGCGACAGAUAUGGCGAAGCAUGGAAGUGCAUUAGAGGCGUUUCUUGCAUCUGCGGCGGACCAGUCGUCAGACGAGGCGGCGUUUCACCGCAUGACGAUGGAGAUACUCUUGAAAGCUGGAGAUAUCUCUAACGUAACGAAACCGUUCGACAUUUCCCGUCAGUGGGCAAUGGCUGUGACGGAGGAGUUCUACCGUCAAGGAGACAUGGAGAAGGAGAGGGGUGUGGAAGUAUUGCCCAUGUUUGACCGAUCUAAGAAUAUGGAGCUUGCAAAAGGUCAAAUUGGAUUCAUUGACUUUGUCGCAGCCCCAUUUUUCCAGAAGAUAGUUGAUGCCUGCCUGCAAGGGAUGCAAUGGACAGUCGACCGUAUCAAAUCGAACCGCGCACAGUGGGAGCGAGUUCUGGAAACAAGACUAUCAACGAGUUCUGGCAACAACAGCAGUACUCGUUGA